UCACCGCUGUGCGCGUCAGAGGAGAAGCGUGUGGAACGUCUUUCAGGCGUUUUUGAACUGUCAGUAAUUACACAACGAUGAAUCAUAACGCCUAAAUAAUCGCACAAGAGGAAUUAACUGCCUUUCUUACAGCAGGAAUGAGAAGGCUGACGGCCGCGGAUUGUUAAAGGCGCUGGGUGCGGGUUGUUUUGGUUCGGUGAGGCCGGUGUGUGUGAGCUUGACAGGCGCGGUUCUGAACUCUGCAAACGCUCUCUGGGUUGGCGUUCCUUCAUGUUUAAUCGCGAGUAUUCUGGUCUGCAGUGUGUUUCAGUGCCGCAAUGAUCCGGCUGGCUCUGCUCCGCGCGCUCGUGGCCCGCCGCACCGGACCGGCUCAGCUGCACCGGCGUCUUCUCGGUACGCACCGGCGCAGGAUCAAACCGGAGCAGCUGGAGCUUCCCAACCAGGCGCGGGAGUUCGUGUACGGCCUGAGCCCUGCGAACCGAAGCUGCUUACUGAAGGAGCUGCAGAGCUUCCAGUCCCAGACCCAAGACUCGGAGGAAUCGUCUCCACCGACGGCGGCGCAGCUCAGAUACAUUCUCCUGCACAACGCCAUUCCCUUCAUCGGCUUCGGCUUCCUGGAUAACGCCAUCAUGAUCGCCGCCGGCACUCAGAUUGAACUGUCCAUCGGAUUGACGCUGGGAAUAUCCACCAUGGCAGCCGCAGCUCUGGGGAACCUGGUGUCUGAUCUGGCUGGACUCGGUUUAGCAGGUUACGUGGAGGCUCUGGCUGCGCGCUUAGGGAUGCAGAUUCCUGAUCUCGCACCGAAACAAGUGGAUAUGUGGCAGACCAGAGUCACUUCACACAUGGUGAGACACUCCUGUGUGCUUGUGUUGUUUGUGAGUUUGUGUGUGUGUGAGUCAGCAUUUGCUUGUGUGGAUGUUCCUGUAGAUUUUAGCAGCAUGUUUUUCUGUGGAAACGUUUAG